AUGUCCAGCAAAGCAGGUGGGAAGCGACCGGCGACCAUCAGCAGCGAAUCAUCCAACCACACCAUGGUGUCAGAGAUGCCUCAGGAGCGACCAAAUGGCAGGGCCUCACGCCCUUCCCGGAAGGGGAUCGCCUUCGGGAAGCGUUCCAACUCCAUGAAGCGGAAUCCCAACGCCGCGGUGACCAAAAGCGGCUGGCUCUUCAAGCAGGCCAGCUCUGGCGUGAAGCAGUGGAAUAAGCGCUGGUUCGUGCUGGUGGAUCGCUGCCUCUUCUAUUACAAAGAUGAGAAGGAGGACAGCAUCUUGGGCAGCAUCCCGCUCCUCAGCUUCCGGGUGGCAGCCAUCCAGCCGUCGGACAACAUCAGCAGGAAACACACCUUUAAGGCCGAGCACGCCGGCAUCCGGACCUACUUCUUCAGCGCCGAGAACACCGAAGAGCAGGAGUCCUGGAUCCAAGCCAUGGGCGAGGCUGCCCGGGUGCAGAUCCCACCCCCCCAGAGGUCAGCACGACAGGCACCUUAUGCUGUGCAGCAGUUGCGGGAGAAGACGGACUCUGAGAACAUCCCCCCCAGCAAGCACCACCACCACCGGACCACUGCUCACAGGGAGCACCCCAAAGCAGACCUGGAAGCCAAGACCAGAGGGGAGGGUGAUGGGCGGGGUUCAGAGAGGAUCGAGAGGAAGUCGGAGAGGAUCGACAGCAAGAAGGAACCCCUGGUGAAAGCCAACGGCAUUGUGGGCCAGGAGAUGCCAUCUGAGCCCGGCAGCCCUUACCCUGAAGCCCCACGGUUUUCAGCUGGGGUGGAGAGAUCCACGCAGCCCAACGGCUGGCAGUACUCUUCCCCCAGCCGCCCUGGCAGCACCGCCUACCCGCCGCAGGAUGGGGAGAGCGUGGUGCACCGUCCGGGCUUUGUGCCACGCACCAACCCGGAGAAGAUCGCCCAGAGGAAGAGCUCCAUGACGCAGCUGCAGCAGUGGGUGAACCUGCGCCGGGGGGCUGCCCCGCCGGAGGAGCUGAGGAGCCCCACCAGGUUUUUCCCGAUGUCUCGAAGGGUCCCCGACUACUACGCCCCUUACUCGCCCCAGUACCCUGAGGAUUACCAGUACUACCCACCCGGCGUGCGCCCUGACAGCAUCUGCUCCAUGCCCGCCUAUGAGCGGGUGAGCCCACAGUGGGCUGCGGAGGACAAGCGCCACUCCUUCCGCAAUGGAGGCCCCUACCAGCUGCGUGAGUGGAAGGAGCACCCGGGUUACGGCAGGCAGGACGUCCCCGUCUGGAUCCCCGGCCCCGGCCGGCAGCCUGUGUAUUACGACGAGGUGGAUGCUGCCUCGGACUCCCUGCGGAGGAUGUCCCUCCAGCCCCGCUCCAGGUCCGUGCCCCGUUCGCCCAGCCAGGGCACCUACAACAGGGCGAGGAUGUACUCCCCGGUCAGGUCGCCCAGCACCCGCUUUGAGAGGAUGCCAUCCAGGAGCGAGGAGAUCUAUGCUGACCCUGCAGCCUACAUGAUGAGGCGAUCGGUCAGUUCCCCAAAGGUGUCUCCCUUCCCAGAGGCCUACAGAGAGACUCUGCACGCCUACAAGAUAAGCGAGCAAGACACUGAUAAGCUGCUGGGAAAACUGUGUGAGCAAAACAAGGUGGUGAGGGAGCAGGACAGGCUGGUGCAGCAGCUCCGAGCAGAGAAGGAGAGUCUUGAGAGUGCCCUGAUGGGGACCCACCAGGAGCUGGAGAUGUUCGGGAGCCAGCCAGCCUACCCUGAGAAGCUGCUGCACAAGAAGGAAUCCCUCCAGAACCAGCUGAUCAACAUCCGGGUGGAGCUGUCCCAGGCCAGCACGGCCUUGGCCAACAGCACCAUAGAGUAUGAGAACUUGGAGGGCGAGGUGUCAGCCCUGCACGAUGACCUGUGGGAACAGCUGAACUUGGACAUCCAGAACGAAAUGCUCAAUCGGCAAAUCCAGAGGGAGAUCUGGCGCAUCCAGGACGUGAUGGAGGGGCUGAGGAAGAACAACCCCUCCCGGGGCACGGACACUGCCAAACACAGAGUGGCCGCUGGCCCCUCUGGAACGUACAGCUCCAACAGCCCUGCUAGCCCCUUGAGCUCAGCCAGCCUCACCAGCCCACUGAGCCCUUUCUCCCUGGUGUCGGGCUCACAGGGGUCGCCCACCAAGCAAGGGACAAGCGAGUCCAAGUCCAGCUUCGAGCAGAAUAAGAAAGAGGUUCAUCGGAGCUCCGCCCCCAUCCCACCCACAGAGGCUGGGCUCAUGCAGACGAGGCAAGAGCUGGAUGCUGAGAAGCAAGCGGCUCUCAACAAAGUUGGCAUCGUUCCCCCGAGGACCAAGUCUCCCACCGAUGAGGACUCAGCACCCACUUCGGGAGUGAUCAGGAGGAGCACCAGCAACAUGUCCAACGGACUGAGCUCCCGGGAGAGGCCAAAAAGCGCCGUGUUCUCCAAUGAGAUGAAGGCAAAAAUGAGCGUGGAGGAGCAGAUCGACCGGAUGAAACGCCACCAAAGUGGAUCCAUGAAGGAAAAAAGGCGGAGUUUGCAGCUCCCAGCCAAUCAGCAGCCAGACGCUCCCAGCACGAAGGCACCCGCGUCAUACAAAGUGGUGCGCCGACACCGCAGCAUCCAUGAAGUGGACAUCUCCGACCUGGAGGCAGCACUGCGCACCGAGGACUCUGGCAAAGUCUACGAGACACCGAGGGAGGAGAUUGCCCGGCUACGCAAGAUGGAGCUGGAGCCACAGCACUAUGAUGUCGACAUCAGUAAGGAGCUCUCUACCCCAGACAAGGUCCUCAUUCCAGAGCGGUACAUUGAGCUGGAACCGGACACCCCACUAAGUCCUGAAGAGAUGAAGGAGAAGCAGAAGAAAGUGGAAAGGAUAAAGACGCUCAUUGCCAAAUCCAGCUUGCAGAAUGUGAUCCCUCUAAGCGAGGGAGAGGUGGACGUGCCCCAGGAUGCAGAAACCCAGCUCCAGGAGCAGGAGAAGAGGAUAGAGAUAUCCUGCACCUUGGCUACAGAAGCCUCCAGGCUGGGCCGCAUGCUCUCCGCUCAAUGUGCCACCCCGAGUCCUCCCUCUUCCCCAGCCUCCCCGACUCCACCGACAAAUCCCCUCUCGUCUGAGUCAUCCCGGGUCGCCGACAGCAGCCAUUUUAUGCGUGUCUGA